ACGAACGUCAUUGGGUGACAGAUAAUCAAAUCAAAUGGUUCCUCAUCCUCAUAUUUUCAUUUACGAGAAAUAGUAAAUAAUGAUGGAAUUUAUAUUAAAAGUGGCUGUAAUAUUGUUUGCCGUGAUACCCUACAGCUUAUCAGAGAGCGCACCAGUCCCUUUAGAGCCAUUUAAUCCUUUAGGACCUCUUGUCAAAUGCAGUUUUCUUCCGAUGGAGUUCUUGGAUUGCAAUGAGCUUGUAGACCACAAAGGCAAUCAAUCAGCUAAAGAGGCGAUGGGGCAUGGCUGCGUGAAGUUUGGAGGUGUUAAAUACGAAGAUGUAGAAAAGGCCAAAGCGCAAUGUAAGCCGUUGGAAGGCAUCGAAUGUUAUGGUCCAAGGAAUUUUCUCCGUGAAGGUUUCCCUUGUGUGCGAUACUCUGGGCAUUACUUCACUACGACGUUGAUCUACAGUAUAUUGCUAGGGUUCUUGGGUAUGGACAGGUUCUGUCUAGGACAGACUGGGACGGCAGUCGGGAAGCUAUUGACACUGGGUGGGCUGGGUAUUUGGUGGAUUGUAGAUGUUGUGUUACUGAUUACGAACAGUUUGCAUCCUGAGGAUGGUAGUAAUUGGAAUCCUUAUGUAUAGAAAUUAUAUUAAGUUAAUAUAAGUUUUUAUAGUUCAGUGUAUGAAAAUAUUAUGUGAACUGGUGACAUCUCAGAAGCCAAGUAUAGUGGAAGUCUAUCAUAAAAAUAAUAAGUGUUUUGGGAAAGUUAUUGUCAUUUAAUCAAUUUAUACACUGGACUAUAACUUGUAAUCUACUGUUGAGGCUGAUAUAGUUUAUAAAAUUGUCUAAUGUUCUCAUAAUUUUGUUGAGGUUAGUGUGAUGUUAAAAGUUUUGUAUUUGUGUGAUAUUUCUUUAAGAAUGUUUAUUAGUCAUUAAGAAAUACAUUUUAUAAGAACAAUGGAA